ACACAAGUCUCAAACUUCAGCUCUUUCCUCAAGUUUUCUUCUUCUUUCUUUUAAAUCAUGGACACCAUUAUAACCGAUUGGUGCAGACUUCCAGGACACUUACUGGCUUUGAUUGCAACACAUCUCCACUCGCCAGAUGACCUCCAUCGUUUCCGCGCUGUUUGUAAGUCAUUUCGGUCGUCUAUCCCUCCAACAAAACCCUUAUCUCCAAGCUCCGAUCUCAAAAUCUCUUUACCUACUAACCCACUUCCACGCUCCCGUGGCCGAUGCGUACUCACUGAGUCCAUUGUUUAUGCAAUCCAGCCCCUUUCUCUAAUCUCCAAUUCUGAGCCAACCACAAAAACAUGGUUAUUGAGGGUGCAGAAACUGAAUUCUGGCAAACUCCAAGUUCAGGAUCCGCUAUGCAGACUCCGUUUUGAAGACUUGUCCGACAAGUUACCAAAUUCUUUGAACUUGCUUGCUUAUCGGGUCAUGGAAAUUGCUAAAGCCUACCAACUUGAAUUAGUUUCUCCUCGUAAGCGUAGGUCCUUCUUUUCAGAUGAUAGUCGAAGGACAUUUUUCAGAAAAGUGGUUGUUUCGACUUGCUAUGAUGAGACCAAUGAAGAGUUCACGAUUUUGGUGUUGUAUGCUUUGGGGAAGCUCGUUAUGUGGAGAAAUGUAGAUAAGAAAUGGACUUAUAUAAACAUUACUUAUCAAAGUAUUGCUGAUAUUAUUUAUCAUAAUAAUAAAUUCUAUGUUUUGGUCUCCACGGGGCUGAUUAUAAGUGUAGAUUCUACGUCUUUGAACAAUACUAUUGAAGUUGCAGGUCCACCAGAGUUACAGAAUUCAUUUCAGGAUUUGUUUUUGAUUGAUAAAUACCGAACAUACCAAAAUAAUCAUGGUUACGAAGUUGAGCGGGUUGAUUUCAACGUUUUCAAGCUUGAUGAAGAGAAACAUGAGUGGGUUCGGAUGAAGAAGGGAUUGGAAGAUAGAGUGUUGUUUGUAGGUGAGAAUUGUUCGUUCUCUGUUCCUGCUGAAGAGUUCUCUGGAUGUAAGGGUAAUUGUAUUUAUUUCAGUGACGAUGAUGUGAUCUGUUGCAGUAGUGAAAAUCAUCCUGGAAUGAAUGCUAAGGUGGUUUACUUGGAUGAAGGUUUUGCUUUUCCUGACGUUUCCGGGAUUUUUUGGCCUCCACCAACUUGGUUGGAGUACCCUUAAUUGGAGCUCGAUCGGCUAGUUAUUUCUGUGUGCAAGUGUUUUCUCUACUGAGUUGUUAAAAUUUUGCAAUUAAAAAGUCAUCUUAGCACUUUCAUUACGUACUCUUUUACAAAUUUUAGGAACAAAAUCUCCAUGGAUUAUUUGAUCGACUACAAAGUGUUAACUCGAAAAAUAGUAGUAUAGGGUUCAGUAAAUAGAUGUUAUCCUAAGAUCCAUUACUUGUAACCUCAAAGAGUCAAAUAAGUCACAAAUGUGAUAAAUGGUUAGUUUGUGAGACUCAAACACAAAGACUUGUGGAUAACUUACUCAAAUGACUAAAGUUUAGUCGUCUAGCCACAAGGCUAGUUCGUGCCUUUAUUGUGUUCUCUAUCUUUGUAUCUCUAAAAAUUACCGCAAAA